UUAAUUUACUCAAAACAAUCUGUUUACUCUCCCCCGCCCUCCCGAAGGUGGAUGUCCUCGCAACCCGCCGGGGAGGGAAUAAGAAGGCUGUCCCCGGGCAGCCCGGGGUACCGGGGCUCCCGCUGCCGCUGCCGCCGCUGCUCGGGACGUGUUUGCCGGAGAUUUGGGUGGCUGUUCUCCCUUUGGGCUGCUGUGGAUGAGAGAUACAGAAAGACACCCAUUGUCAGAGGAAAGGAGGGAAGCUGCCAUCUGUAGGGGCUGUCCAUCUGCUCUGAAGGAGGAGACCAUGCUGAAGCAUCUUUAUAAGAUACUUUCAAUUCUGAGCAUCAAAAAAGAUCAUCUAACAUUAUCCUAGGUCUAAACAAGAAGAAUGAAUUUGAGGUGAUUGUUCUCUUGGUUCUGCUGCCCUGGAGCUGCAGCAGAGCAGAGCCCUGGAAAGACACAGUGCAGGAAAACACUCCUGUGCUGCAAUACAGUGUUUCACACCUGCAUAACCAUCUAAGAGACAUCUCAUCUGAGCAAACAUCUCAAGGCUCCUGAGAUGAUUAGAUCUGUGAUGGAAUGACUCUUCUGGAAAACUGCUGGAGUAUUUUAGCAAAGGGCAUGCAGUGUCUCUGCCCUCACUGAUGCAUUACAAAACCGAAAUGAACCACACUUGGACAUAUAACCUGAGCUUUGGUGCACCUGCAGAUCCUGUUGAGCCAAAGGCUGGACUCUCACGAAGCGGGCACACAGUAGUGGCUGUUUUYCUUGGAUUAAUCUUGUUUUUUGGUUUCUUGAAUAACUUGGUUGUCCUUAUCCUCUUCUGCAAGUUUAAAACCCUUCGUAACCCAGUCAACAUGCUUCUGCUGAACAUCAGCAUCAGCGACAUGUUAGUGUGCAUCUCAGGCACUACCCUCAGUUUUGCAUCCAACAUCCRUGGCAAAUGGAUUGGAGGGGACCAYGCUUGUAGGUGGUAUGGCUUUGUCAACUCCUGCUUUGGCAUCGUGUCGCUGAUCUCGCUGGCUGUGCUGUCCUACGAGCGCUACAGCACUCUCACCCUGUGCCACAAGCGCAGYGACGAUUACCGCAAGGCUCUGCUGGCGGUCGGCGGUGCUUGGAUUUAUGCUCUGCUCUGGACCGUGCCGCCUCUGCUGGGCUGGGGCAGUUAYGGGGUGGAAGGUGCAGGCACAAGCUGCUCCGUUCGCUGGUCCUCAGAGUCAGCUGAGUCCACGUCCUACAUCAUCUGUCUCUUCAUCUUCUGCCUGGUUGUGCCAGUGCUGCUCAUGGUGUGCUGCUACGGGCGCCUCCUCUACGCCGUGAAACAGGUUGGAAAAAUCCACAAGAAUGCUGCCCGCAAAAGGGAAUACCGCGUCCUGUUCAUGGUGAUCACUACAGUUAUCUGUUAUYUGGUGUGCUGGAUUCCAUAUGGGGUUAUAGCAUUACUUGCAACGUUUGGUAAGCCAGGUGCUGUGACUCCAGUUGCAAGCAUCAUACCUUCCAUCCUAGCAAAAAGCAGCACUGUUUGCAAUCCCAUCAUCUACAUACUUAUGAAUAAGCAGUUUUACAAAUGCUUCCGUCAGUUUUUCCACUGCCAGCCUCCUUCCUCCACUGAUGGAGAGCCCACCUGCCAUUCCAAGGUAACCGUUAUCCAGCUGGAUCAGAGGGUGGAUGGUGGAAACGUGUGCAAUAAUGAAGCACAUCCAGAAACAGACAAUAAAAUGACUUCUCUCCUGCACCCAGAGCCAAGCCUGGAGCCAAUUUCAAAAGCUAUACCACCAACACCUUAGGAAGACUGACUUCGAUGGAAAGUACAAGCCUUAACCAAAGUGUGUUUUACUUCACUGCCACAUUACCAAGUUAACUUUAAAAAUAAUAAAGGAAGUUGCCAUUUAUGGGAUUGGAAAACUGUCAAGAAGAAAAAUUGUGACUUCUUAAUAACACUUACCUGCCAGGUAUGGUUCAACCAUGGCAGAAUUUUAAGCAAUAUCACUAUUAUUAUGGUGGUCUGUGUUAGUUAAUGGAGGACUCAGAAACAGAGUUUUAGUUUUUAGUCAUCUAUAGUUCAGUGUCCUCCAGGAUCAACCUAAAAGGCAUGCUGGGUUAUGUAGUUUAGCUCUUUACUUUUCCUCCUGGUUCCAUCCAGAUCAYGUCUUGGAAUUUCAGUUUAGGUUGCUCAUAAAUAACUGUAACUUCUACUCACAUUUUUGCUCAUGCUGGACAAUGAUGUUUGACAGGAGGAAAAUCAAACAUCACUCAGCUUUUUGAGUGGUAACAGCUAAUUUAUAGCACAAUCUUGUGUUAAACUCUGAAAGAUCAGCUMCAACGACAAGUAGAGAUCGCCACACACAGAAAUGUCCCUCUGCUUAUCUCCUGGUAGAAUCAGGAUGUGAAACCCCUCCACAAUGGAUAGCCCUAGCUCUGUAGAGCCAUUGCUGCAAACUCAGUUCACAAAAAACAUUAAUUGAGCAUCUUUAAAAGAAUAGCAAGAGUUUAGACCACUAGGACAUUUACAUCAGUCCAUCUACUAGGAUACAUUCAGUUUUUAUUCUAUUUUUUUUCUAAUGCCAUCUCUAGGUUGUUUUUCCUAAGUCCCUAAAACAGUGCAGCCAACAGGGCUCCCUGGACUACAGGUCUCACAUUCCACCACUCUUUAACUCAAUUUCUCUCUGUGCAACAACAUUGCAGGGAAUUACUGACAUCUGUAUCCAUCAGGUAUAAGUGUGCCAAGCUGUCUAUAUUUUCAUUGACUUUAUAACUCAGUUGUCCCAUCUUCCUUCUCUCCACUUAGCUUCAGUGAUAUUAUAAUUAUUUUUAAAUCACCAUAGGUUUUUGGCACUUACAUAACCUCMAAAAUAUUUUUACAUGAUAUUUGAAAUUUUAUGGUUUGGAUCCAAUCUCAAAGACAAAGAAGAGGUAUAUGCCUGACUGCUUUCUAACUUAAUCUUGGCUCCAUUAAUUCAUUUUGCAUGCCUGUCUAUUCUGAGAAGUCCCAGGUUGCUCCCCAUUUGUUACCUUUACACAUUUCUUUCUGUGUUAUUGCUUCCUAGGUUUCUCUUCUGUGGCUGAAUUUCUUGGCAUUUUCUUUCACCCCUGCAGUGUCCAAGUUUUAUUUCCUAUGCCUGCACUGCCCUCAGAAUAUGUCUAUAUACUUAUUUCUUUCAUCUGUGUACUUUUCACAUCACUGCCCAUUUCAAUAUCAUCUGCAACUUUGUUCCACAUCUCAACACUCCCUUGCGAUCGUCAGUAUGAAUGUCAUGAAUAUCAUUAUUUGACAGCCUGUAGGGGGAAGAAUUUCCAUACAACACACUUCAAUAUUUGUCUCUGCUAACAGUCCUUAGGUUAAUUUUCAGUCAAUGCACAAUUAUUGCAUAUAAACAGCACAGACUGUCUUAUACGUGACCACSUAAGGAGCUCUUGAUAAAGAGGAUGAGAUAGUUAUGGUCCCAGCCCAAUACAUAUUCUGGACAGAAUUAAUCUCACGGAGAUGUUCAUGCCCAUCUCUGACCUUGCUGGUCUAAAGUUUUCUUUACAGACAAUGCAGAAGACAGGUAUUUCGAGGGCAGAACUCAUCUGACUUAUUUUMGAUGUCUCCUUUAGGAUGUGUUGAAUUGUUCACUUACAGAGGAGUUACCUUUUGUUCCUCUCCACUGACUAGACAGAAAUUGAAUGUAAGAGUCUGGCACUUGGCUAUCAAGAACCUUUCCUCCACUCACCUAUCUAAGUAGCUUUUGGAGCUUCAUGAAAAAUAAUAUCAUUGGCUUUUCCAGGAGCAUUUUGAGGAGAAAUGAAAACAAGGCGUGACCAGAUGUGCUCAGUGCAGUUACCCACACCUGAGAUUGCUUUCACAGGCUCCUUUGCUGUCGGCAGAAGAAAGUGGGCACUUGUAGGAAGCAGUACUAAUAGAUCAUACAAACCAUUCCUCAGAAGUUCCUGGUUAUUUUUGGGUUUUUUGGUGGCUGUAGUUGAAGCCUGAGUGGCAGCAUGGAUACCCUGCACUCCCAUUAYGGAUGAAAAUUUCACAUGUUAUGGGGAACAUGGGGCUCACAGUAAUAUUUAAGAGGCACCUAUUUUUUGCUCUAAUAAGUCUGAGGGUGACUAAUACAAAUGCAGAGCUGCACUAGAAACAGCUAAAGCUAGGAGGCACAAGUCCUGCUCUCUCUGACUGACCCAACCAUGGGCCAUAAAYAUGGGGAAAAUUUAUGUGCAAAGAUUAAGGUGAAGAGAGAUUGCUUUUUUCAGUAUUCAUAAGUAUUAAGUUAGGGGAAUGGGAGUAAAAGCAGAGGAUUACAAAGUAUUUAGGGAAGGCUAGUAGACAUGCACAACCUAAGAAAAUGUAAAAUCUGAAAGGGAAAGCCUAUAGGCUAUCUGUAGCAUUCGAACAGCAAAAGACCUUUUAGAACUUACAUAUCCAAUCCACAUUUCACAUUAAGGAAAAGGUCAGGGUACUUUAGCUUUGACAAACAUGACUGGAGCUACCAUAUAUUCAAAAUCAUAACUGAAGAUAAUUCUGCAUUGGCCACUCUAAUUCUAAUAGCCUUGCUGGAUUUCCAAAAGUCCCAUUUGGAUUUCAACUGUAGAAAUGGAAAAACGCAAAAUAAUUCUGCUGGUAUUAUAGGAGAUCAUUCAAAGGUGUAUUUUUUGAAUGUUUUAUAGUUAAAURAUAAUGUUCAUAAACACCCAACUAGACAUUUAAAAAAAAUGUGAGCAUGGAAUACUCUUUAAAAAACACUAUAAAAUAUAUUAUUCCAAAAAAAUCAGGUGAUUGUCAGUCCAAUGUAACUUUGUUAUAAAAGUAGAAUAGUGCUGAAACACUAUUAUAUAUUUCAAAAUAUCAUAUAUUAGUAUUUCAAAAUCCUUAGAAAAGUGUGUUAUCUCUUCUCGGCCUUUUGGUUAAGAUCAAGUGUAGUGUAGCACUUUUAUUUUUUCCURUUUGGCAGAUAUCUGUGUUGUUAGGAAAUGUUGGGUAUAGUUUAUACCGARUCCAAUUGGCACAAAUAAACCUAGCUUUUACUAUCUGCACUGAGAACAUUUAAAACAGAAUUAUUUGAAAAUUAAAUUCUUUGCAUGGAUGGUUUUGACAAAUGAACAUGUACUAUGGAUUCUAAUCAAAWGGAGAAAAUGUUUUUUCAAUUUGGUUUUGGCAAUUUGAAUAAACCAAAGGUUUUGAUUUUUCAACAUGAGUCUUGUAUGGUGUGAUUAAGCUUUGUGGUUAGCACCCUGAUUUUAAAAAGAAUGCUUUCUAGUUUACAAAUAAAUAAAACAUAGUUCAAUAUACUUGAAUCAACAGAUGCUGUACAAAAGCAUCUAGAAUUGUAAGUGCAACUCAAACAUUAAUCAAGAACACAGCAUCAUUUUUACAUAAUGUAAGAGAUGCUGAAAACAUUUAAAUACACAUAAAUUGAUUAUUACAUUCAUAAUGUCUCAUUUCACACACAUCAUAAAUUCAGUUACACGAAAUAAUUUUGCUAGAUACACCACUAACUUUGUGCUUGAUAAUCUGUGCACUUGAAAGCAUUACAAAUAAGCAUAAAACAUUUAGAAUGUAUAGUUUUCUAUAGGAUAGUCUACUACUAUGGUCUCUCUUGACUGGAUUGUAGGUGCCACAGGAAUCUCUUUGAAACUGGGACAAAUGUGCCUCAGUUGUUCUUUUUAGAACACGCAGUAAAAGUAGUUCUGGCUUCUUACAGCACUUUGUACAAAAAUGUUCUUUUACCUCUGUUUUGUUUCAUCAACUAUGUGAAAAAUACCAACCACAGAAAACUAAAUUAUUUAUAAGAGAAUUGUCACCAAAUGGCCUUGUGCCUAAGCUUAAUACUUUGUGCAAUACUUGUCAUCUUUGAUGUAUAGAUAGUAGCAUUACAUAGUAGACCUAGAAAAUUACAUAUUUAUCACUUGGUGAAUGCAAAAAGCUCUACAUUAAUCACAAUAUUCCAUGAGCAUAGACUGGAAAAUACUGACCAGUAAUAUAAUGUAAUUUUAAAUGUAUUAUUUAAUUAUGGGUAAUACACUAGAAUAGUAAAGAUUUUUUAUGUGAUUUAAGAGGAGAGAUUGCUCUUUUAUUGUCUGCAUUUCGGGAAGUCAGAGAUACUCAAAUUUCAGUGUGCUUUUUAUUAGAGUAAGAAUAAUUUGAAGCUUAUGUAUUGGAGGUAUUAAUUUUAUUUGUGUGCUAAUACUUGAACAACACUGAGCUGGAAAGAGCGAGCACUAUUCUGUUCCAACCACUGGCAAAACAGAUGAAUAACAGCAAUAAAGGCAACUCCUAAUGGAUCUAAUUGUUUUUUUCAAUUCAUCAAAGUGCAUUUUUUUCUAAGCAGAGCUGGAGAUCAGCUGCAUACUUCUAUGGAAUAUGCUCUCCAAAGCCACUUUAAAUUUGAGCUCCUARUCAUACAACAGCCUGCUAAUGCUGCAGUGUAAUGAUAGCCUUGCUUGCACUAUUGUCUUGAUGCAUGCAAAUGGAGAUUAAAAUAAUGUUAUCAGCUAUUAAUGAUGCAUAACUGUUAAAACUGUAAUGUCAGCUGUAAAACUCAAACAACAUUUCCCUUCUCCCAACAAUAAAGUAGU